AUGGAGGGCAUCCAGCUGACAGCGCUCGCGCUACUCGUGCUAUUUGGAGCCAAUUGGGUCCUCUACGGCUGCCUGUGGCUUCACGAGCGCUACUCCAGCCGGACCGCCUCCGCGUCGGAAGACGCGAAGCAGCUCCCCGAUGCCUCAGCUUCUGGCUCCGCCGCCGCCGUGCCCGCGGGCGGCGGCGACGCUUCAGCGGCGGCGCCGGUAGCGGCGGCCGGAGGGGGUCACGGGAAGAAGGUUCUCUCGGAACCGCUGUCGCGGACGCUGACGUCGGUGCGGGCGUUCUCGUGGGAGCUGUCGCGCCUGGGCGUUCUCAUCACGUUCGCGUACAUGUGUGAGCACCACCCGCCGUUCGCUCACGGCGAGAAGGCCCACGACAUGGACAUGUUCUGGUGCGUGGCGCUGAUGCUGCUGGUGUCGUCGGCGCUGAACGUGCGCAAGUCGAAGGGCGGGGACGUGCUCAACAGGGAGCAGACCGAGGAGUGGAAGGGGUGGAUGCAGUUCAUGUUCCUCAUGUACCACUAUUUCUCCGCCCACGAGGUUUACAACUCCAUCCGCGUGUUCAUCACGGCGUACGUUUGGAUGACCGGCUUCGGCAACUUCAGCUUUUUCUACCUCAAGGGCGACUACGGGGCCGUCCGCCUCCUCCAGAUGCUGUGGCGGCUCAACUUCCUCGUGAUCCUGCUGUGCAUGGCCAUGGGCAACACGUACAUCCUGUACUACAUCUGCCCCCUGCACACCUUCUACUUCUUCGUCGUGUACGCCAUCAUGUCGCCCGCCAAGUCGGCCAACUACACCAAGAACGGCAUGCGCUGGAAGCUGCUCGUAGCCGGGUCGAUCAUCUUCUGCGUGUGGGAUUGGGACCUCCACAUUUUCGAAAAGAUUUUCUUUUUCCUGGGGCGUGAGAAGGUCGUAGGCGCCGGUAACGGCACCAUGUGGGAGUGGUACUUCCGUACGUCCCUCGACCACUGGUCGACCUUCCUGGGCAUGAUCUUCGCGCUCAACUACCCCGCCACGGCCCAGUGGGUGAAGAAGAUCGAGUCCCUGCCGUUCGGGCGGCAGUGGGCCAUCAAGGGCUCGGUGGCCGCUGUCCUGCUGUCGGCCACCGCCUGGUGGGCUGCGAACAUUCUCCCGCUCGAGAAGCUGGUGUACAACCAGAAGAACGCCUACUUCGGGGUGGCGAUCCCGGUGCUGACCUACAUCUACGUCCGCAACCUGACGCCCCUGAUGCGCACGCGCUACCUGGAGCCGCUGCACUCGCUCGGCAAGAUCACCCUGGAGACUUACCUCAUGCAGCACCACAUCUGGCUCACCAGCAAUGCCAAGACCCUCCUGGUAGUGGUCCCCGGAAGCCCCAAGCUCAACAUGGUGAUCGUCACGGUUUGCUACGUGUUGGUGAGCCGCGAGCUCUACCGGCUGACCAUGUCCCUCCGCGGCAUGUGUCUCCCCGACGAGCUCUCGGCGUGCCUGCGGAACCUGGCGGGCAUCGCGUGCACCGUCGCCGCCUGCGUGGCCGUGGCGAAGGCGCUCCUGGUGGCCGGAGCCGGCCCUGCCGCCUGCGCGUGCAUAAUCGGAGCCAUCGGGUUUGGCCUGGUCUUCGCCGUGCACAAGCUGCUGCUUGACGCCGGCAGCGGCGGCGGCGGCGGUGACCUCAGCAUCGGGAACGGGGUCGGGAGCGGCGAGGAGGUUUCCGCCUCGGCGAGCAGACCGGCGUCGUACGACGGGAAGCUACUGAACGCCUGCAACGUGCUGCCCGUGGUGGCCACCUUGCUGGCGUUUGCCUGCGGCUCCGCCGUCGUGAGCUCCUCGCAAUCCUCGACGAGGGUUGACCCGUGGCACUACUCCUACUCCACUGACGUUUGCGUCGAGACGGUGAAUCACGGGAUGUGGAAGGUGGAGGCAGGGCAGUGCCAAGAGCCCGGGGAGGCGACGGCGUACUGCAACAGCCACCAGUGGAAGUGGGUGGACGUGCCCGACCAGUGCCACGUCCACUACAUGCCCCCGUCGGAGGUCGAGGAAGCCCUCAAGGGACGAAACGUUGUCGUCGUCGGCGACUCCGUGAACCGAUUCGUCUACUGGGCUCUGGUCCGGAGCUUGGGGGAGGCGACGCCCAUGGCCCACGACACGACCAUCGAGAAGCACAGCGAUUUCUCGUGGCAAGCCUCUGAUGAUUGGGGCACGCGCUUUUCGUUCCUUUGGGCGCCCGAAGUGGAGGACCUCAACGAGCGGGUAGCGGAGGCGCUGGACAUGUCGGGCGUGGACAUUGUCUUGAUUGGGGGUGGUCUCUGGGACGCGCUGAACGGCGAAGGCGAUCUCGAAGGCUACCGGAGCGGCAUCAGCAGCGUGCAUAAUAAGGUUAUUGCCCGAACUCCCUCCGACAAGGGCGUCGUGCCGGCUGUGAUGUGGGUGAGCAUGACAAAGGUGAUCAACGAGCGCUUGUUGGACGACAAGAAGAGGGAGUGGCUCACGGAGCCGAAGCUCGCGGCAUACAGAGGCAUCGUGGAGUCGAGCGGAAUCUUCCACGACGUGGAUGGCGUUAUUGACGGCGUGAAGCUCACCACCGGGCAGAGGAUGGAGUCCUACGACGGUGUACACUACUCCGACCUCACAUACGACGCCUUUGCGCAGGUGGCCGUGAACCUCGUGACCCAUCUCGAGCGGACGGGGACCAUCGGCGCCGUGGACUCCCCUCCGCCGGCCGCCGGCGACACCAAGGACAUCUGGGGCAUGGGGAGCAAGGCCCUCGGGGUGAUCGUCCUCCUCCUGGCCUCAGUGAUGGUCCUCACCAGAGACGCCUUCCACGGCACUGUGCGGCUAGCCAUCGCGGUGACGUCGUUCGGCAGGCCGCCGUUCGACGCCGAGAGCAUGUCCUGGGAGGCCACGUACGGUAACCUCCUCCGCAAGAUCGGGAAGCACCCGGACGGGGGGAGCCAGCUGUCGGCGCCGUCCGCGAUCGGCGGGACGAAAGCGGCCGCCGCCGCCGCCGCCGCCGGGGGCAGCAGCAGCGGCGGUGGUAGCGGUAAUGGUGGUCGUCGGUUGCGCGAGAGAGGGAGGAGUGCCAACCGGGAUGACGAGGAGGCGACGAGGUCGCUACUCGGGGAUGGGGUCGACGGCGGGGGCGGGAGCGGGGGGCGGGGGGUUUUGGAGAUGACGUCUACUGGCAACCACGCCGCAUGAUGAUGAUGGUGAACAGCCGUGGGGGGUGCUAAUAUAGUAUAUCUGUUUGCGUGAAAUACGCUUUUAUUAGGGGGAGGGGGGGGCGGGGAGGCAGACGAGGAGUAUUUCUUGUCCGAGGGGCUUCCGUUCUCCACCGCUGAGGCGAAGAUGGGGGUGCCGGGCUCUCUGAUGUUGUUUUUUCUGGCCGAAAUUGGGGUCGGGUUUUGCGUGUCGUGCAGGAAGAGCGCAAAUAGAUCAACAGGGAGCGAGUGGUGUCGACCUUGAUGAGAUAAAAAGCAGGAUCAUCACAGCCGUCUGUUGUCCAUUUGGAGGUGAUGGAUACAGCAGUGCAGCGGUUGAAUCCACCUGUUGAUGCUCGGGGCCAUCUAGACCGCACGCGUACGGUGGGAACAGUAAAUGCAGUGUACCUUGCUACGAAGUAUAUAGCAAGGUGUGGGACGAUGGAUCCAGGCAGAUAAAAUGUCUGGAGAUCCCUUACGACGGGGGGAUGACAUGGACAUUAACAGGACGUACAGAAGGUGAUCAGAAACUGCUGUGCAAGUGGGAUCCAAGGGAGCCAGAGCUCUUACGCCCCCUCCCUUAGCUCGCCAUACUCGAGGCAAGCUACGUGAGAGUACGGUCGGCGCGGCGUUCCCCCUGUUUCUUCUUGGUGUAGGUGUUCAUGCCGCUGGGGUCCCCGUGGUAUCUAUAUCUACCGCUUGUGGUCUUCCACCCCAAGAUUGGUCGCUUUGGUUGGCAGUCUGCUUGACAAGCUUGCUUUUUUUUUUUUUCUACUUGUGUUUUUUUUUUUAAGCUGCUUGAUUGAUGUCGUGCC